UGAAGUUAACUGUGAACCGCACCCGCAUUUUACGUACAAUCGAUAGCAGAUUUCAUUUGUGUCAAAUGGAUAAUGGCAGCGACAGCAAUUGAUAUAAUGUUGCAAAGUAAUGGAUUUCAUUCAAAGAAAAAAGAGGAUUCAGAAAAUAAAGAUAAUUUAUGGUCCUCUAUUUUGGCUGAAGUACAAAACAGUAGCAGUAAUAAAUUACCCUCAAAUAAGAAUAUUCUUGUCUUAGGUGAUAAUGAAAGUGGAAAAACAACACUCAUUGCCAAAUUACAAGGUGUAGAAGAUCCAAAGAAAGGUUCUGGUUUGGAAUUUGCAUACAUUGAUGUGAGAGAUGAUUAUAGAGAUGAUCAAACAAGAUUAUCUGUUUGGGUAUUGGAUGGUGAUCCUGGUCAUGCAAAUCUUUUAAGAUUUGCAUUAAAUGCAGAAAGAUUUCCACAUACCCUUGUUAUGUUAGUUGCUGCAAUGACAACACCAUGGGCUAUUUUGGAUCAACUUCAAUCUUGGGCUGCUCUUUUAGGAGAUCAUAUUGACAAAUUACCUUUAGAUAAUGAUACUUGGCAACGGUGUAGGCAAUUAAAUGUAAAGAAAUGGCAAGAUUAUACAGAACCUGGAGAUGAAUUAGAUCCUGGUAGUCCUUUAAGACGUACUAGUCGUAAUUUGGAUGAUGAUGCAAUGGAUAACUUACCAUUACCAGAAGGGGUACUUACAACAAAUUUGGGAUUAGAUGUUGUUGUUGUUAUUACAAAAACUGAUUACAUGUCCACGCUUGAAAAAGAACAUGAUUACAAAGAUGAACAUUUUGAUUUUAUACAACAAUGGAUAAGACGAUUUUGUUUACAAUAUGGUGCAGGAUUAUUUUACACAUCAGCAAAAGAAGAUAAAAAUUGUGAUUUGCUUUAUAAAUAUCUUACACAUAGAAUUUAUUCAUUACCAUUUAGAACACCUGCUUUAGUUGUUGAAAAAGAUGCAGUUCUUAUUCCUGCUGGUUGGGAUAAUAUGAAAAAAAUUAGCAUUCUUCAUGAAAAUUUGCAAUCAAUGAAACCAGAUGAUUAUUAUAGAGAUGUUAUUGCACAACCAUCAAUAAAUAGAAAGUGUGUAGCUAGAGAAGUAGAAGUACAAGCAGAAGAAGAACAAGCUUUCUUGGCAAAACAACAAGCUGCAUUAUUAGGUGUAAAAGAUCCAACGCGUUCUCCCACAACCAGGAAUCAGGCAAGCACUGGACCAAUUAUUCAGGUAGCAUCGCCAAAUAAAAAACUAGAUCCUAAAGGUACUGGAUCUACACAAUCUGGAGAAGGUGUUUUAGCUAACUUCUUCAAUUCUCUUCUUCAUAAAAAGACUGGAAGUCCUGGAUCACCAGUUGGUAGUGGCAUUGGCACAAGUCCCAUAAAAAUUGAUAGCGCAUCAGUAGAUAAAGCAACUAUGUGUAAUGAUGCAGCAGUGGAAUUAGAUCGUCUUACUCGAACGAAAAAGAUUUCUCCUCCUAAUUUAAAUUCAUCAUCUGAAUGUUAAAAAAAAUAUUUUUUCUUUGCGACUCAAUAUAUAUAGAGAUAAAAAUCAAGAAUACGCAAAUAUUUUAAUAAAAUUUUGAAAAUGAUCUAACAAAUAUAUUCAUCUGAUUCUUAUCACAUAAUUUGCAAUCAUAAUUAAUAUAAAUUUUUUUAUUUUAUUAAUGAUAUUGGCAUAUUUAUAAAAAAACUUGUAAUUGAUACUUUAUGAUGAUUUAAAAGAAGAAUUUUUUGUUUACAUUCAUUAUUUUAUGAUAUAUUUUAUAAUAUAUACGUGUUAUAAUCUAACAUAUAAUUUUAUUAAUUAUUAAUUCAAUAUAUUUUUUUUUAUAAUUAUUCACAAUUUUUAAUAAGUUGUUAUAAAUAAUAAUAAAAUAUUUAAUAAAUUUUUAGUCGACAUCUAAUAAUUAAUUAAUUAAAUUGUGCAAAGCACAAAUAUUUAAUUGAAUUUAUUAAACUAAAAAUAUAUUAUAUUAAUGUUUUAUGAAAUUAUUAUAAAAUAUUAUAAUAAUAGAGCACAAUUGUAUAAUCUAAAAUUUUUUUUAAAUAUUUUUUUAAAAUAAUUUUCUUUAAGAUAAGUAAAUGGUAUGUCCUUUAUUAAUGUUUAUGUAUUCCUAAUAUGAUAUUGAGAUUAUUGAUAUAAUAUUAAUAGUGUUAUGAAUUUAUAACAAAAAAUUUUAUUAAAU